ACCCUAAAGCCCUCACCCCCUCCCCACGCCUUCUUCUCUCUCAGUCGUUCCCUCUCUUCUCUGUGAAUCCCGCUCGCCGCCGCGCCCUUUCCCACGCCGUCCGUCUCGGUUCGUGCAGUGCCACCCUCCACAGUUCCGAUAGCCGACACCGUGAAGCUCCGCUGCACCAAGCCCUUGUUUCCCCAGCCCAACACUCUCUUUUCUUUCUCUCCUCCGCACAUUCUCUCACUGUGGAACGUCUUGCGCCGCCACCUGUCUUUCCAGUCGCCGAUUGUAACGCCACGCCGGCUGACCGCGGUAACCGACAAAGGUCAUCGUAGCCAGCGUGCCGCCCCACGCCACCAACAGCAUCCCGAACGUCAAUAGACAACGCUGCCACGCCCUCAAAUCUGAUUGACCACCACUCCGAGUUGAAUCCAUUUCGGUAGUUGUAGAGCUUGACCAAAUUCCUUCGAUCCCCCUCCCCCUCUCUUCAGUAGAUGGAAUCUCCUGGGGAAGAUUUCUCUCCUGAUACUCUUGCAUUCAUGGAGCUUGCAUUGGAACAGGCAAAACUUGCUUUGGACAGCCUUGAAGUGCCUGUUGGCUGUGUGAUUGUUGAAGAUGGAAAGGUCAUUGCCUCAGGAAGAAAUCGAACUACUGAGACACGAAACGCGUCAAGACAUGCAGAGAUGGAAGCUGUUGAUGUUCUUCUCAAGGACUGGCAGAAAAACGGACUUUCAAAGUUGGAGGUUGCUAAAAAAUUUUCGAAGUGCCACCUUUAUGUGACCUGUGAGCCGUGCAUAAUGUGUGCAGCUGCUUUAUCAAUUCUUGGUGUAAAAGAAGUAUAUUAUGGCUGCACAAACGACAAGUUUGGAGGUUGUGGAUCAAUAUUGCCUUUGCAUCUUGGUUGCUCUGAGCCGCUUAAAAGCGAUGGCAUUCCACAAGGAAAGGGUUUCAAAUGUAUUAGAGGAAUCAUGGCAUCAGAAGCAGUAUCUCUUUUGCGAACUUUCUAUGAACAAGGGAACCCUAAUGCGCCAAAGCCUCACAGGCCUCUGACUCACCAGGCAACGCAUUGAAUAUGUACACGUGAGUUGGCUCACGGCUCACCAACAAUUGCCGGCAGAUUCUCCCUAUCCAUUUUCGGACCUUGCCAAGCACUUCAGCUAUGAGUCCAAAUCCCAUUUUGGUGCUUCAUUGCAAAAAAGCUAGAGCCUGCUGAUUUGAGGAUGUUCGAAAUACUCAGCAAAGUAUGAUUUCGGUGUAAUCUGAAGCUGAGUUAUUACAGCAGCAGGGCCGGACCCGCCUAAGUUUCGCAUCAAAGCGUGAAGUGAAAUGAUGGCAAGGACAUGUCCACCAUGUUUGGUGACAAUGCGUAUUUUCCUACUUGCAUAGACGUUUAGUCUUUGUGUCUUACUUCCGAAAGAUUAUGCUAAGAAGUUGCAUAUUUUGGAAUUAUUUUAGAGACUUGUCUGUUUCAAGGGUAUGUUAUAACUAGCUCCUCAAUUUUUAUCUCAUUUUCGUUCUCAUUUA